AUGACUGCUACCAUCGCUGCGACUGUGCUUCCCACAGGCUCACCGGCGAAAGCCGAGCCACUUGGCGCUGCUGUUACUCCCUUGGACCCCAUCGACCUGCUGUACACGCACUUUGAUGCGCUCGACCUCGACAAGGCCCUGCCCAUGCUCGACGAACAGGCUGUCCUCAUCUUUGGCAACAACCCACCUGCUCGCGGCCACGAUGCCAUCCGUGCCGCUCUGGAAGGGUUCUGGACCGUCAUUCGUUCCAUGCAGCACGAGACAGUCAACCGCUACGAGCGCGGUGAGGACACGGUCGUCCUCGAGGCCCUGGUGCACUAUACCACCAAGGCAGGAAACGCCUUCUCGUUCCCUGCCGUCACGAUCGUUGAGCGGGCGGUCCGCACCGGCCUGGUCACGGCCUUGAGGAUCUACAUUGACCUGGGGCCCAUGCUGGCGUCCAUCGAAGAGCCAGUGUUGAAGUUCCUCCACUACGCUUACGGCGGCGACGACGUUGACGAAGAUGGCACCUUGCUCGAGACCAUUGACGAGAGGCCGAAUGAAGAGUACACUGCUGCCCCCGUUGGUGAUGCCAGCACCCGUGCCAUGAUAGUCCGUGAUCCGUGA